AGUGGCAAACUAUUUAAAUAAAUGAGAAUAUAGGUCAAUCAGCUUAUUUGAAUAUGUUCAGAGCUGGAUUCAAAUACUAGCAUCUCACUUGUUUGGCUCACAUCAAAACAGAUACAUUUUGAAGAAGGCUCUUUUCUAAUCUGUUCUGUGAUCCAAUAUAACAAGUGAUAGGCUCAUAUGUUUGUAUGUACAGUAUGUACCAAACUCAUUGCUUAUUUGUGACUUUAUGUGUUCUGAUUAUCGCUAUUUUUCCAUUUAGGGGGUUAAGCCCCAGUACCUUCUUUUAUCCUCUAUUGAUGGUUGUCUCUCUUGUCCUCUCUUCCAGGAGGUGUUGCUUCCCCUGCCGUAUACCACACUGUCACUUAUGGCCUCCAUCUUGCUGCUCUCGAGACAAAGCCAUGUCUGCCUUCAAGGGCAUCUGGACUCAGGAGUUCUGGCGCUGCGUGGGGGCCGAGUUCUUCGCCAUGCUGCUCUUUGUCCUGCUCAGCCUCGGCUCAACCAUCAACUGGGGGGCCGUCGAGAAGGAUCCCCGUCCCGCUGACCUGGUGCGCAUCUCGCUCUGCUUCGGCCUGAGCAUUGCCACCAUGGUGCAGUGCUUCAGCCGCAUCAGCGGCGCUCACGUCAACCCUGCAGUCACGGCAGCCAUGGUGGUGACCAGGAAGCUCAGUCUGACUAAAGGCGUCUUCUACCUGCUGGCCCAGUGUGUGGGAGCCAUAGUGGGGGCCGCCAUUCUGUACGGCAUCACCCCGGCCUCUGUCAGGGGUGGCAUGGGGGUCACCACAGUAAAUAGGAGCAUCUCCGUGGGAAACGCGCUGGUUGUAGAACUCUUCAUCACCUUCCAGCUGGUCUUCACUGUGUGCGCUACCUGUAACCACCAACGUAAUGACCUGAAGGGCUCGUCUGCUCUGGCUAUCGGCCUCUCUGUGUGUGUCGGUCACCUGUUCGCCAUUCCCUUCACUGGAGCCAGUAUGAACCCUGCCCGCACGUUUGGCCCAGCCAUGGUCACAUGGUGCUGGGAAAACCACUGGGUGUACUGGGUAGGUCCAACUCUGGGCGGGACUCUGGCCGCAGCCCUGUAUCAUUACCUGUUCUGUCCAGACCCAGAGCUGAAGAGACAUUACUCCGAGGCCUUCAUCAAGACACCUUUCACUGCCACCAAACACCGGAACGACUCGGUCACAGCCCAGGAGCCCCUCUUCACCGUCAUGGAUGUGGAGAGGGCUGAGCGGAAUGAAAGGAAGAGGGCGAAGGAGGUGUCGGGCGAGGUCCUGUCCUCUGUGUGACAAGAGAGGAGACACAGCGCUGGUGUCCCAUCUUCGGCUCAACAGUCCACUUUGAAGGAGACGGACUUCUUGUAGACCGGCGGAGCAAACACUAACAAAAACAGAAUUAAGAAUGAAUUUGUAAGGAGACUGAGAGGAAUAUUUACAAAGACAGGCCUUUGAUUUUGUGCCAAAUACCUUGUGCAUAUCAGAGAAAGGGCUGUGGGUUGGUCUUCAUGCAGGAUGUGUUUUAAGAGUGUUCCUAUUUAGUGGAUAUUAACAUAUAGAAAUUGCUACUGCACAUAUAUAGAGUUAUUUGUCAUUGACAAUGGGACCUUUGGUUGCAGCAGAGAUUGCACCUAAAAUGUACGAUCUGUGGAAAGCAUUGGGAGUGAGAGACAAACAUCAGGGAUGAGAUAACUCUGCAUGGCCCUCAGUAAUAGUUCAGACAACCAAAAGACUUCAGUGGCUGCAGUCACGACAAAAUGGACCAAUCAGAAGAUGCCACUAUUGCCCCGUUGUGCUUUGAAUCCCAAGUGUUGUGUUCGGUGCAACUUUCCCAAAUCAAGAAGUUCCAUUCACAUCCCACACAUUAGAUAUGACAGCAUACGUCUUAUCUGUCUGUGUUCUAAUGAAGUGAGUGUAUAAUGUUUGCAGAAAGUCAGUGUUUUGAUUCAUCAGAUUGUUGUAUGUUCUCCUCUCAACCAGCAGAUGUCGCUAAGAGGCUGACUAUAUAAUCUAUAAACCAACUGAAACCAGUGCGUGUGUGCGUGCGUGCGUGCGUGCGUGCGUGCGUGUGUGUAAAAUGUAAAUCCUAAUCGCUUCAUUUAAAUUACUUGGAGCUGAUGAAUAAAACCGUCUCAUUAAAACUGCUCUGCAAUCAGUGUUGAGUCACUUUCACACAUACAGCAGUGGAAUCAACC